UGGAUGUUAGCUUCCAUGUGCACAGUGCGCGAGUGAUAGUCAGUUUAAAACGCCCUUUGACCUGCACCGGAUAGUUACAGUAACAUCGAUAUGGCAUCAGAAGCAAAAACUAAAUCUACUCCGCUUAUAAAAGCAUAUUUGGUGCUAUACAAUUUAGCACAGCUUGCAGGUUGGGCUUACAUUUACGUGCAGCUAGUGAUGCACUACUUUGUGUACGACCGGUCCCUGCAAACGCUAUGGAGUCAGCUGGGCACGACAACCUAUUUCUUUCAAAUGCUGUCAUGCCUGGAAGUUGUGCAUGCUAUGAUCGGAAUCGUUCCGAGCAAUGUGGCCAUAACCUUCUUUCAGGUGUUCGGACGCUGCAUGGUAGUAGCGGGAGCGAUCGAUGCAACACCAACCGGGCAGCAGUCGCCGGGACUACCGUUGGCAUUGUUUUGCUGGAGCCUGACCGAAACCAUCCGAUACAGCUACUAUGUGUGCCAUCUGCUGCUUUCCAGUGUCCCAUCCCUGCUCGUUUGGCUCCGCUACACGAUCUUCAUCCCGUUGUAUCCGUGCGGUUUCUUGGGCGAGCUUCUGUGCGGUUACUGGGCGCAGAGCCACUUUGGCGAAACUGGAAAAUGGAGCGUGGUUCUACCGAACCGGUUUAAUUUUAGCUUCUCUUUCUACUAUUUCGUUUGGAUCAUGGCUAUCUGCUAUUUGCCCCUGUUUCCGCAGAUGUACCUGCACAUGUUCGCCCAGCGGCGUAAGGUGCUCGGUCGUGCGGGCCAACAGAAAGCAGCCAAAUCACACUAA